GGAGUAUAAAAAAACAAAGGAAGUGUAAACCUAAAAAACUAGGGUUAUAGUUGAACAUGUGAAUACUAUAAAAAAAUCAAAGUAGUGAAACAAGCAUAAAAAAUGAUUGAAGGGAGUACAUAAAACUAUAUAGGUUAAUUUUUAGAUUAUAUGAAAAUUGGCAAUCCUCUUAGGGGCUGGACAUUCUGUCAAAGUAAAUCCUUAUCCAUUAGCGAUCAAAUACCCAGUUUAGAUGAGACCCGUAACCCGGGCUUUGAUACCAUGUUAAUUUUUAGAUUAUAUAAAAAUGGGCCUGGGUAACCCAAUAAGGAGGAGGAGAGUUUAGUCUACAUACAAGCUAGGAGGUUUCAUCCUAAAACCAAUUGGUGAUAGGAGGAGUAACUCCUCAUCUUAUAAAGUGGUUUAUUCUCUCCUCUUUAUCCAAUGUGGGACACUCACAAGUGGACUUUCAAUGGGUGUCAACAGUAUAUAAUCAUAUCUUGACCAAGGACACUUGGGUCUCAGGAUCUAAUGAUAUGACUUGCUAUCCCACAUGGGAGAUCAUGAUGAGCGUUAUAGUCGGAAUGACCAUAUGGCUCAAAAAUUCUGAACUUGGUAAUUUCUUUUAUGUACUUGCGUGUUCUAUAGGAAAAAAGUUUGAACCUCGAGCAUAUAGUAAAUUGUACUACUUUUAAUUUUAAGUUACAAUCUUUGAUUAUUUUAAUACACGUACCAAAAAGGCAAAUGUUGCCUCUUAAAAAAAACGGAGGAAGUAUAUUGGUCCCAGGACCAUGAUAAAAUUUGCAUCAUUUGAGGGUUGUAGUGAAAAGGGCGGAUAGGGGAAGCCCCUGAUACAAGACCAGAAAAGAUUAUUUGGCUUUAAAAGCCCAACUAAAGGGGGUAAAAAAAAAAAGUCUUCGACUGAGCCUAGAUCAAAUCUGACUUCUGACAUCUCCUCUCUCUGAUCCAAACAUCUCUGUGUGCAUUGACUUUGAAAUAUCUGUGCUGAUCAAGUGUAUGUUCCUGAAGUUGAGAUUACACUUAAUUCCUCAUGAACCCACCAAAACAUAUGAAAGAUCUUCAUCAAGAGAUCAUAGUUGACAUACUUACCCGGCUACCAACGAAAUCCAUUGGACGAUUUCGGUGCGUAUCGAAGAAAUGGAAAUCUCUUCUUUCUCAACCUCACUUCAUCAAAACCCAACUCAACCGAACAAAACACCUCCCAAGAGAAGAAGAAUCACUCAUACUGUUUUCUGAUGAAUCUGAGUCCUUGUAUUCUACCCAGUUGAAGAAUGCUGAUUCCCUGUCAGAGGAAAUUACCGCUUCUGCUAGCAAGUUUUGUUUAGAUGAUCAUCGCUUUGAUUCGGAGACUUUUUAUAGGAACAUGGCUUCUUGUGAUGGGUUGAUAUUAGUUAAGGAUGAGGAAGACAAGUUGGUAUUGGCAAAUCCAACUACUAAAGAGACUAAGGUAUUGCCGUGCUCGCCUUAUGCUCUUGAUCCUCGUGCUAGUUUCACCAUGUAUGGACUUGGGUAUGAUUCGGUUAGCGAUGAUUAUAAGGUUGUUACCAUUUCUUAUCAUGACGCAGUUACUGUCCUUGCUGAUGAGGAGGCUGAUGAUAGUGAGGAUGAGACUGACUGUACUGAGAUGUAUGUUAAUGUUUAUUCUGUUAGACAUGGUAAUUGGAAGCGCGCUGAGAGUUCUCCUUAUGAUCAUGCUGUUGGUCAUCAUGCUUCAGGGGUUUGUGUUGAUGGCUAUAUCUAUUGGCUAGCUAGUAUCAGUUCAGAUUUCUCGUCUGUUAUCGCGGCAUUUGAUUUAGGGGAGGAGGUGUUUUCUGAGGUGCCACCCCCAAGUUCAGUUGAUUGUAAGGAAUUCGUGUUUUAUCAACUUGUGGCUCUCGAAGGUUACCUUUGUAUGUUUUCUCCAAAUAGGGAUAGUGAGAUUGAUUUUUGGGUGAUGAAAGAAUAUGAUGUCGAGGAGUCUUGGACUAAAGUCACGAUCAUUAACCCUGCAGAGUCAGAGUUUAGGCCUCUAUGUAUGUUGGGGAAGGAACAAUUGGUGAUGAUGAAAGAUGAGGAGACAAUUGCUGAGAAAUUGGUGAUGUACAAUAUGAAAGAAGGUACUUUUAAGGAUAUUGUGGUUCAUGGCAUUUCGGAUCAAUUUUCUAUUGGAGGGACCUUCAUAGAGAGUCUUCUUUCGCCUCAUUGCAGUAAUGAAGAUACAAGCGAAGGCUAAUUCCUCCCUUACUAGAAAACGCACGACGAGUUUUUAAAAUACUUCCUCCGUUCUUAAAAAAGAGAAAUAUUUACUUUUUAGAGAUCAAAUUUCACAAAUUUUGACUAUAUUCUAUUCCGGAUAUUUCAUAUAAUGUUAUAUUGUAUUUGACAUUAACAUUUUGCAAGUAUAUUUUUACUUGUACGUAUCACUGUCAAAAUAAACUAACGGUCAAAAAAGUAUCAAAGACGGUAAAAAAGCAAAUGUUUCAUUUUUCUUAUAA